AUUAGAAAAGUGUUUGGAGAAAAAAAAGCUUUAAAACGAAAACUAUGUGGCCUAUAUGCUAAGGAACCAGUGAAGAGGCAUAUAAGGAUGUAUAAGGGAGAGCAGCCCAACAGUGGUCAUUGCAUGAUCUAGAAUGCCUAAAAAUAGACCAAAUAACAAUAUCUAAAUAGUGGAGAUCAUGCCAAACGCAUUUUAAAUGCACUGAUAAGGCGUCUAAUCGAUUACCGAGUGGCACUGAUAGAUCCGUUUCUCUGAGUCAGCCGGUCGCUGCUGUCCGUUCUGAAGAUGGAGGAAGCAGGGGAAGGGAAUCACUAUUGCUGCGCGUCUAUCGCACUGCAGUGGAUACACAGCAUUUAGAUGCUCCAUAUCAGAUUAGAUGGAUGCGUGGCACCCUGUCCAUUGAUAAAGGUCCAGGAGGCGUCCGGAUCAGGGUGCGAAUUAUGUGGGAGUUUGACCCCUUUAAGGGUUGAACCCCUCAAAACAGGUUAAAGAAAAAGCUGUGGGCUCUUAAAGUGUUUGUUCGUUUUACAUAUCGUCCCCUGUUUGUGACCAAUAUGAACUCCAGUUGAACAUGACAGUCAUCAGAGGACUUCAUCAUCACAGUAGAGACUGAAAAGCCUCUGUCAUUGGAAAUAAUCGAUUGUUUUUACGCAAGGAUUUCUUUGGACACAUUUGCGUUUUCACAGGGGGGAGACCAAACAAAAAGUUCUGCCCCCUGAAUAUGGACAUGGAGGCGUCAAAUGGCUAUAUUGCAAGUAACGGCGACUGCUCUCCCAGGAAGGAGAACUCGAGAAUGCUGGUGGACCUGUCGACCAGCACACCCAAUGGCCAACGUUCCCAAAGUCCUGAUUCCCCUGCUGCACGCACAAUCAAACAAGAGGAAGGUACUGAGGAGGAGACGGAGAGAAGACCGGAUGAGGCGGGACACAGUGGUGAAGAAGGCUCUGGAUUGGAGGAGCCCAUGAUUGACAGCCCAAAUAACUUACAAGAUGCUGGGCCAGGAACAGAAGUGCAGAGUGAGACGGGGAUAAGACUGCCAAAUGGUAAAUAUAAUGGUGAACGUCCGUUCCAGUGUAACCAGUGUGGGGUUUCAUUCACUCAAAAAGGCAACCUACUGAGGCACGUCAAACUCCACACGGGAGAGAAGCCCUUCAAAUGCCCGUUCUGCAGCUACGCUUGCCGCCGCCGCGACGCCCUGACUGGACAUCUGCGCACACACUCAGUGGGCAAACCACACAAGUGUAACUACUGUGGGCGGAGCUACAAGCAGCGCACGUCAUUGGAGGAGCACAAAGAACGGUGUCAUAAUUACUUGCAGAGCGUCGGCAUGGACUCCACCUCCAAUCCUGGCCCGUAUCCAGGGGAGGUACCAAAGGAUCAGAGGCAGCUGGAGGCUGCUGGGAUGGCGGCUUUUGACCGGCCUCCUGUAAUUGAAAGACUGCAGGGGAAUGUGGGUAAACGGAAGAGCACCACGCCACAGAAGUUUGUGGGUGAGAAAAUGGUUCGCUAUUCGUACCCCGAGCUGAGCUAUGAGAUGGGCCCUAAGUAUGAGAAGGAAGCUGAGGUGAUGCAUGCCCAAUUGAUGGACCACUCCAUUACCAAUGCCAUGAACUACUUGGGCGCCGACUCCAUGAGGCCUGUGAUCCAUCACCCAUCCCUCUCCAUGGCCGAAGUGCUGCCUAUGGUGAACCCGCUCUUCCAUCCGAUGUACCCGCUUGGGCCCCGCAUGGACCGUCCCAGCAGUCGCGAGCCUCCGUCUCUGCCCCACCCGAACCCAGAGUUCCCGCACCCAAGCAAUGGUGCGAUCCCCUUGGUCAGGCCCAAGAAUCCUCAAUUGGCCCGAGACGUGUCCCCGUGCAACAGCGGACAGGAUUCGGCUGAUUCAGCACGGAGCAGCCCCCGGGACAAGCUCAGUGGGGCCGGGCUCAGGACGAGAUCCAGCCCGGGGUUUGGCCGGGCAGAGGAAGGCAGGGCAAUCGAUGCCGCCCGUGUCGCCGCCAGGGAUGGCGUCCGCGUCUUCAGCCGCGAAGGCCAGGAGCUGAGGGUGUUCCAGUGUGAACACUGCCGCGUCCUGUUCCUGGACCACGUCAUGUACACCAUCCACAUGGGCUGCCACGGUUACAGAGACCCACUCGAGUGCAACAUCUGCGGCCACUGCAGCAAAGAUCGCUACGAGUUCUCCUCGCACAUUGUCCGUGGAGAACACACCUUUCGUUAAGAAUCCCAUGCACUCUCGCAGUCAGUUUACUGCCGAAGCAUUACGUGAGCACCAAUCGGCAGAUAUAUGAAGGUUUGGGUCCAAUAGAAAGUUUUCAUGUUGGAGCUGUUUGAAGAUUUUUGUUCUGGGUAAGGGGAUGAGUAUGUUUAUGUUGUGAAUGUUUUUCGUUUUAAAGUUCUUUUUAAUUUUUUUCACCCCACACACAAUUUAUUGUUGCAUGCAGUCAUGGCCAAAAGUAUCGGCACCCUUGGUAAAUAUGAUCAAAGAAGGCUGUGAAAAUUAAUCUGUAUUGUUAAUCCUUUUGAUCUUUUAUUUAAAAAAUUCACAAAAAUCUAACCUUUCAUUGGAUAAUAAGAAUUUAAAAUGGGCGGAAAUAUCAUUAUGAAAUAAAUGUUUUUCUCAAAUACACGUUGGACACAAUUAUUGGCUCCCCUAGAAAUUCUUAUGAGUAAAAUAUCUCUGAAGUAUAUUCCCAUUCAUAUUCACAAUUUUUUUAGCACUCCAGGGUGAUUAUGAACAUGAAAUUAUCCAGCCAUGGCUUCCUGUUUCACAGAAAUAUAAAUAGGAGGGAAAACAAAGCCCAAAUUCCCUUAAUCAUCCAUCGCAAUGAGAAAUGCCAAAGAAUAUAUUUCUAAUGUGCAGCAAAAGAUAAUUGAGCUUCACAAAUUUUAGGCUUUAAGGAAAGAGCUAGAGCAGUGAAAAUUCCCAUUUCCACCAUCAGGGCAAUAAUUAAGAAUUUUCAAUCAACAGAAAAUGUUACGAAACUGUGUCUAUAUCGUCCUAAUGCACGGUGAGAAGGAGAGUUUGAGUGGCUAAAGACUCUCCAAGGACCACAGCUGGAGAAUUGCAGAAAAUAGUUGAGUCUCGGGGUCAGAAAACCUUAAAAAAAAAAAUUGUCAAACAGCACCUACAUCACCACAUGUUGUUUGGGAGGGUUUCACGAAAAAUUCUCCUCGCUCAUCCAAAAACAAACUCCAGCAUAUUCAGUUAUCAGACACAACUGGAAUUUCAAAUGGGACUGGCUUCUAUGGUCAGAUGAAACUAAAAAAUUUGUAAUUCUUAUUAUCCAAUAAUGCUAGAUUUUUGUGAAUUUUUUAAAUAAAAGAUCAAAAGGAUUAACA